GCUUUAGGUAUUAAGGCUGGAGACCAGGGCUAUUUCUGCAGGUGUAACCCCUCAUGCUCCCCAUCUAGGUAGCUUUCCAGCAUCCUCCAGUGCUCUGGAGGACUGCAGAACUCUCCAGGGUCUCAGCCUCCCACAGCAGCUCAUUUGCUAGCCCUGGGGGUCCACAUCCCCAGGGUCAUACUGCUGAAGCACACUUCCCUGUCACCCCUGUGUCUCCACACAGUGGCCAUGGGUUUGACAGAGGGGAAAAGCCUGACCAAGGCGUGGUCUAUAGAGGACGAGGAGGAGGUGGAACGAGAGCGCCGCAGACGAAACCGCCUACAGAGCGCCAGCAUAGAUGAAGAUGUGGCGUCUGGGCCCACCCCCAAUGGAGACCAGCAGCCCCCACACAGGCUGCUGAGUGUGGAAGAAGAAGAGCCACCCACGUCACCACCCGCAGCCUCCAAAAAUGAGGCUGAGGAAUUCCAGUCCAUCUCCCGGACUCGACAGGAACGGCAGCAGAGGCGACAGGUGGUGGAGGGGGCACAGGCCCCUGUCCAUGAGCAGCCGGAGGCAGAGAAACGAUGGAGCGGUGCUGGCCUGGGGCAGGCCAAGCAGCAGCCCCCCGUGCCCAAGAAGGAGGUGGAGAAGCCCCUCCCAUGCAGACUGAGCCAGGAGCGGAGGGGCCCCUGGAUAAAGGAGGAGGAGCACUCGGCCAGCAGAGAGCCAGGAGAGGGGAAAAAGCGAGUAUCUGAGAAGGUCCUAUCUCCAGAGAAGAGCCCAGUCUCAGAGAAGUCCUUCAUUCCCGAGAGGACAUUAUCACCUGAAAAGAGACUGGCCUCAGAGGAAACCUCCAAGAAGGGCCUUGCCCCUGAGAAAAUGUCUGUUAAGGAAAAGAUAGCUGCAUCAGAGAAAAGGUCCACCUCAGAGGAAAAAUCGAUUGUAGUAAAACGAAGUGUGUCAGAGAAGUCGCCAGCCCUGGGGAAGAUACUAGGUGCAGGCGGAAGAGUGUCUGCCAUAUCACAGAUGUUUGACAAGCCGCAGGUGUCACAGGAGACCCCAGCCACUCGGACAAAGCCAACCCCAAAGCGGGUGGCAGCCUCGGAGCAGCCCCAGACCCCGGAGCAUCCCCGGGCCCCAGAGCAGGCAGGCUCUGGGGGAAGGCCAACUAUCACCAAGCAGAGAGGACAGGCCCCUCCUGAGGAGAAGCCCCCUUGUUCAGCAGAGGAGGGAGAGCAGAGGCCCUCCCGCCUCCCUACUUCCCACUUCAAGCCCAUCACACUCGAGGUGAAAAUACCCAGCCAGCAAGAGGAAGAGGGGGACAUGAUCUCGCCUACCCAGGCCACCUACAGCAGUUCCCUCCAACGCUCCAGCCCCAGGACCCUCUCCUUUCGGAUGAACUUCAAAGAAGACAACAUAGAAAAACCCUUAACCCGAAGUGCCAGCUCUAAGAACCCAUCCCGCAGUGCCAGCUUUAAGGACCCAUCCCGCAGUGCCAGUGUGAAGGUCCCGUCCAACACUAACAAGUUUGGGGACAGGCUAGGGAGAUACAACUCGGCUGUACAGAGAUCAGAAUCUGUCAAGUAUCCAGCCUCCUCCCGCACAGAGUUCAUUGUGGCUCCCUCCACUGUGGCCAGCAAGCGCCACCUCUUUGAGAAGGAGAUGAAUGGGCAGAGCCAAGCAGAAACAGCCUCCAGCCUGAAGGAGAAGUUGAAACUCCCAGGAGUGGUCACUUCAAAGAUCAACCUGUGGAUCAGCAGGACCCAGGGACCUGAAGAGCAGGACCCCCAGGAGGUGCAGAAAGAGCAGACAGACACCAAGAAGACCCAAGUGAGAGCAGAGACCUACCUGGAUGUUGAGGUGUGACGAGCAGACCCUCACAGACAGACGUGCCAGGCCGCUUCUCAGGGGACCGUUCUCCUGCCAGGCCGCUGCCUCCAUCCCUGUCUUUCAUUGUCCCUGUUCUCCUUCUGCUUCCACUUGAGACCAGAAGUUUUGGGGAGACUCAGCCAGCUGCUCCCAGCCCAGCUUCUAGAGGCAGGUGUGCCCUGGCCUCAUUGUCCUGCUGCAGGCCCAGCACAUUGUGGGAUUCCAUGUCUCCCAGGGCACAGCCUGAGGUCCCACCAGCACUGUGGGGCCUGGGGUGUCUUUCCAGAGAGGACCCCUACUUCUGGCUCACAUCCAAGGCCAGGGUAGAGCUGACCCCCAACUCCAAGGUCACCUGUCUGAUUCACCUCCGGCAGCUGCCUCUGUGUGCCUGUGAUGUCCGUCCUCCCUGCGGCCUCCGCCCAGGUCCCUGGGCUGCUCCAACCUGCGGAGGCCACUCGGCCAGACUGAGGGAGCUGCCCUGGAUCCCACAUGGGCCCCACCCCUGCUUGGUUGCCCUCACUUCCUUGGCUGAGAGACUUGUGCCUUUCUGUACCUCUCUCACCUCUUCUGAAAAACCAAUCUCAGGAAAAGAUGCGGUUAAACUCAUUCACUUGAGGAAUAAGUGACUAAUUAUACAUUAAAAAAUAGACUCCUCCUGGAGUCUGCUUUAUA